AUGUUCGACCCGGUAGAUUGGUUCAUGCUCAUGUGCUGCUGGUGCUGCGAUCGCAAAGACAAGGACGAAGAAGAGUACGAGGUCUCCGAGCGCGAGCGUACCCGCCAACAACUCAAAGCCGACUUGGCCGAUGAGGCCGGCAUGCCGCACGAACAAACGAAGAAGCCGCCCCAACUAGCCCACGCGCCGGCAGAACUGCAAUGA